UCCCACUCUGACUGAGUAAGUGCUGCAGCAUCGAUGUAUGUGUGAGAGAGCAGCACAGACCGAGAGAGGUGGACAAGUGUGUGUAAGCGGUGUGUGAGUGCGAACCAACGGGGGAUCCUGAGCCUGGAGGGGAGCCUUGUAAUGAGAGAGGGGGGCUCUUCUGCCUGUGGAUGUAUGCACCACCAGGACAGUGUUAUUCGCAGGCGAGCGUAUGUGUGUGCGUGUGAGAGACAAGUGAGUGUGGGCAUGCCAGCAGCAGCGGCAGUGCGCGUGUAUGUGUAACAGUGUCGUCGAUCAGCGUCGGGCUCUUCGCGUUUUGCAGCCGGCGGUGCUCAUCACACUUUGAGGACUGACUCAUCUAGACCCGGCUUUGGAAGCAGGAGAACAGAGGAGGAGUGAGAGUGGAGGUAGUCGUGGGAAAGACGGAUGGAUGGGAAGACAGGGACUCAGUUUUAGGCUUUUGAAUGCUGUGGAUCCCUCUAGACCAUCUGAGGGUCUAGUCAUUUUUGGGACGCCAGUAGCCCCAGUUAUCUACCCCACCACCGCUGCCGCCACCACCACUUCCCUUUCAAAUUGGAAUUGCAGACACACAGCCAAACAGGUUUCCCGAAAACUGCCAAAGACCACCACAGAAGGAAAACGAAAUCUCCCCCACCCCUAAACUACAUCUGACUUGAAGGAACAUUUUCACUUCGCACCUGCUCAACGGAUUAGGACGAGAAGGUUUCGUGACUCUUUGUGAUCUUUUUCCUCCUUGAUAUCAUUGUUCUUUUUUUUGUGGGAGGUGGGCAUAGUUGGGGGUUACAAGAUCCUAUUCCAGAGCUCUGAGGGGUGGGGGGUGGGGGGCUAGAGCGAUAAGAGGCUGGCAGACAAGACGGGACAGACGCAGGCAUGGCUCGCCUCAACUGGUGCCUGGCUGCCGUCAUCAGCUGGGGCAAGUUCCUCUUCGCCUGCUUCUUUCCUCUGCGGGGGGCCAAACGAAACAAGCCCGACGAGCUGGAGGGCGUCCACACGCACACCUUUAAGCUGAAGCCAUUCAAGAAGGCCAAGAGUUGUGAUAUAUGCAAGCAGGCCAUCACCAAGGAGGGCCUCAUCUGCAAAGCGUGCCGGUUGUCCUGCCACAAGAAAUGUGAAGUGAAGGUCACCACAUCAUGUCAAACAAAUACCAGCUAUGAGCCGCCUCCCACUCCUCAGCUGCCAUUAAAGCAUGUAGAUACACCGGGAUCUACGAGGUCCUGCAAGAGUGUGGAGAUAAGGCAAAAGCAGUCACGGAGUCAGAGUGUGGUUCAGGCCAUGGAGGAGAGCUAUGAGGUCGACCUGGUCUACAUCACAGAGAGAAUCAUCUCUGUCUCUUUUCCCGCUGGGGCCGAGGAGCAAAGCUACAACACCAACCUCAAAGAGGUGGCGACGAUGCUGCGGUCAAAGCAUGGCGAGCACUAUCUGGUGCUCAACCUGAGCGAAGGACAGAGCGACUUAACAAAGUUAAACCAUAAGGUUCUUGAGUUUGGCUGGCCGGACCACCAUGCGCCAGCACUGGAUAAGAUCUGCAGCAUGUGCAAGGCCAUUGACAUGUGGCUCAAUGGAGACACACGCAAUGUGGUGGUACUGCACAAUAAGGGGAACCGAGGUCGAACGGGUGUUGUGGUGGCUGCUUACAUGCAUUACAGCAACAUAUCUGCAAGUGCUGACCAGGCACUGGACAGGUUUGCAAUGAGGCGCUUCUAUGAAGACAAAGCACUUCCUGUGGGUCAGCCAUCACAGAGGAGGUAUGUGCGAUACUUCAACGGCCUUCUGUCAGGACACAUAAAAAUCAACAACAAGCCUCUGUUCCUGCAUCACGUCAUCAUGCACGGCAUACCUAACUUUGAGUCCAAAGGAGGUUGCCGUCCUUUCCUGAAAAUCUACCAGGCAAUGCAACCAGUCUACACGUCAGGAAUAUACAAUGUGCAAGGGGACAGCAACACCAGUAUCUGUAUCACCAUUGAACCUGGACUGCUUCUUAAGGGAGACAUCCUGCUCAAGUGUUACCACAAGAGAUACAGAAGCCCAACCAGAGACGUUGUGUUCAGGGUGCAGUUCCAUACUUGUGCCAUCCAUGAUCUUGGGGUGGUUUUUGGGAAGAGUGAGCUGGACGAGACCUUCAAAGAUGAGAGGUUUCCAGAGUACGGGAAGGUGGAGUUCGUGUUCUCAUACGGACCGGAGAAAAUCAAAGGCCUGAGUCACUUGGAGAAUGGGCCGAGUGUUUCAGUGGACUACAACACCCAGGACCCUCUGAUCCGCUGGGACUCAUAUGAGAGUUUCAGCCAUCGCUGUGAGGAAGCUGCAGAUGCUGACCACGAUGUUGUUCAUACCCAGGGCCCACUUGAUGGAAGUCUUUAUGCCCAAAUCCGGAAAAAAGACUCCCUGGAGGGAGUUGUCACAGUCAAUGGCCUCCCAGUCCGUGAAAACCCCUUGACUAACGAGAACCCAUUGCAGCACACCAACCAUCCCCUGCAAACUACUGACCACACCCUUCCUGUGGCAGGCCACACUUCCCUCCCUGCUGUCGACCAUACCCUGUCUGUGAGCAGUGACUCAGGCAAUUCUACCGCAUCGAUCAAGACUGAUCGCACAGAUGAGCAAAGCCAGUCUGUGCAGAGUGCUGUGAGCCACAACAAUCCAACAGCAACUCACCCACCACUCAGUCCGCAAGAAAAAAGAGAGCUCGACCAACUUCUGAGUGGCCUUGAGGCACCAACUAAGCGGCAAGCCUACCUGCCUACAUCUACCUGUCCAGGAGGAGGAGUACGACACUUAGUUCCUGCACAGGUGCAUGUCAACGGGAGCCACACCAGGUUAGUGGGCGCUUCUUCAACAGAGGAGCGUGAGACAGAUAUUCUCGACGACGAGCUGCCUAAUAGUCAAGAGGGCAACAGUGUGGACAGUUUGGGCACCAUCUCAUCCCUUGAGGGCCAAGCAACACCAGCUGACUUGUACUACCAAUCACAGACUCCUGUCAGUGGCCAGAACGACGAGCCAUACCUUGAUAGAAGCGAGAUGCCGGUGCAUGGAGUACGAACUCCUACAGCGAUGCAAGAGAGAUCCGUGGACUCACCAUCGCCACAGGGGGGUUACAACAAUUAUCAAAAUGGAGGAGGGAUGUAUCGUUCACAGUCCUUUGGGAACCCACCUGCCAGCAGCCCUGAGACCACCCCAAAACUUAUGCCCAGGGCCCCUGAGAGGAGCACCAGUAGCCGGGAUGCUGUACAACGAGGUCUCAGUGCCUGGCAUCAGCAUAGCCUACCAGACGAUCCAUUUGGUCCUCCUCUUCAGUCAACUCAUAGCUUGCCCCACUUUCCCACCUCAGCUUCACAGCGUGACAUUGAGCAGUCAAUCGAGGCACUAAAUAUGCUGAUGCUUGACCUAGACCCAAUCAACUCUCACAUGUCUAAGUCCCACAGUGCGCCCCCUGGUGAGAACAGCCUCAAUUCAUCCCAGGUGCCAUUCUCCCAGACCCUGGCCAGGCCAUCAUACCAAGCAGACUCUGCUAUCCAUGGCUACAACAGCUCUGGAUCAAUUGGCGAUGGCAUUCAUCAGCCCCAUCGCUCAUCUGGGAGAGUCAGCCAGAGCCCAGUUAUGGAGUCUCCAGUGCAUUCUCCCCAGAGGCCCAAUGCUGGCUACCAACACCAAAAUAUCACCCCAACACACACUCCUGAGCCCUACCUCCAUACUCGCCAUGCACCCCUUCAUUACACCACUGAUUCUAAUUUCAAUCAGCAGACCCCAGUGAAGCCCAUGAACUCCCACCCAAGCAGUGGCACAUCACACUCCCCAGAACUGCAGGGCUCGUCUCCGUAUCCAGGCUAUAGUGCCUCAUCUUCACCCCUUCCCACUGUAACUCCACAGCCCAAGGACACAUCUUCUUCAUCGUUGCCCAGAGAACAAGAUGCAGAGGAGGAGACGCUAAACUUGGAAGGCCUGGUAGCACACCGUAUUGCAGAGUACAACGCUCGUAUUCGGGGCAUCAGUGAAAGCAUGACACCACAACAAUCUGACCGCCAUCGCUCCUAUUCCUUCUCUGGAGUUCGUUCCAGAGGGAUGACCCCAGAAGUGACACAGGAGACGGGCAGGCGUCGGACCACGAGUGAGGGACAGUACCAGAGCGGCCAUGAUAGUACGUCAGCAGUGGAUUCACCAGACUUUUCCAACAAUCUUGCUCUCAACCCAGGAGGAAGACCCAGAGAGGGUCCAAUGCACAGCUACCGAGAGACGUUUCAGGACAAUGAAACAGACAGGUUGGCCAACAGUUCCACCUUUGGAGGUGGUGGAGCUCGCUCUCCUCCAGAUUUGAGCAAGACUCCUGUGUCACCGCUGGGAUUGAAGCCUCAUCAGCAGGGUGCAGCAGACUUUCAUUCUAAUACUGGAGAACAAGAUAAUCGAGGUUUUGGCGACUCCAGGGUACAACCUUUGAAUGCUCCUCUCUCCUCCAGCAGUCCCAUCCACAGCACUGAUGGAAGAAGAACUAGUUCUUCAGAUGCCGUCCCACACAGCCCCGCCUCUAUUCACCCCCACAGACCUGCUUCCCCAGACGGAUCUCAGGUCAACAUUAUGGGCGUCCACACAGUCCCCGGCAGCCCUAACACCCUCCACCGCACAGUGGCCACCAACACUCCUCCGAGCCCUGCACUGCAGAGACGCCUGGGUCAAGCCAGCCCCUUGCUGGGCAGGCACCCACCUCCAUCUGGUGUUCCUUCAAGUCCUCUGAUUGGCCGAAACCCUAAAACAGCAGCUGCCGGUGUGCCACCUAGCCCUCUGAUGGGGCGCCGCACGGCAACGAGUGGACACAGUACGCCUGAUGAGCUGGGCGCUGCCUCUCGCCAAGGGGGCAUCCAUCAGCCUGCCACGCCUGCUUUCCCAGUCUCCCCACAGCUGCCAGAAAAGCGACACAUGUCCAGUGGAGAUGCAGACAGAAUGGAGAACAAGAACCUGAUGCCAAUACCGAUCAGUGUUAGCAGCACGCCUAACCUGUCUGGGACACACACUCUCCCAGACGUCUCCAAGUCUAUAUACGACGGUUAUCCUGACAUCAAGAUGAAUGUCAAGUUUGUCCAGGACACCUCCAAGUACUGGUACAAGCCAGAUAUCUCCAGAGAGCAAGCCAUCAGUUUGCUGAAGGACAGGGAGCCUGGGGCUUUCGUCAUAAGGGACAGCCACUCUUUCAGAGGGGCCUAUGGUCUGGCCAUGAAGGUGGCCUGCCCACCACCAACUGUCCAGCAGAACAAAAAAGUUGGUGACAUGACUAACGAGCUAGUGCGGCACUUCCUGAUUGAGACGAACCCCAAAGGUGUCCGCCUGAAGGGCUGUCCCAAUGAACCCUAUUUUGGCUGUCUUUCUGCUUUGGUGUACCAACACUCAAUGACCCCACUGGCUUUGCCAUGCAAACUGAUGAUCCCCACCAAAGACCCAAAUGAAGAGGCACUAGAACUCACCACACCAACUGAUCCAGUUGUUGAACUUCUUAAGCAGGGAGCGGAAACAUCAGAUCACUUGCUUACACAACCUUGUCAUCCUUACUUUACAGUCCAGAAGGUUCCUGAGGAAGCCCAUGCGUGCAAUGUUCUCUACAUCAACUCUGUGGACAUGGAAUCGCUCACUGGGCCUCAGGCAAUUGCCAAGGCAAUUAGUCAGACGCUGUCAACCAACCCUCUGCCCGCUGCCACCACCGUCCACUUUAAAGUGUCCACACAGGGCAUCACACUCACCGACAGUCAGAGAAAGCUUUUCUUUAGAAGACACUAUCCAAUAAACACGGUAACCUACUGUGACAUUGAUCCCCAGGACAGAAAAUGGGGCAAAGAAGGAGGCGGCUCAGUGAGGCUUUUUGGAUUUGUGGCAAGGAAACAAGGAAGCACAACAGACAAUGUCAGCCACCUGUUUGCUGAGCUGGACCCAGAUCAGCCCGCCUCCGCCAUCGUCGGCUUCGUCUCUAAAAUGAUGAAGCGAUGAAACCCUUAACGUUCAAAUGGCAGUGGCUGUUUUGCAAUCUUCCCUCAUUGUUGGUGUCCUCUUUGCCAGGGCUGGAUGGAGUCCUUUCCUUCUGUUUUAUGUUGGGUUUUUGUUUUCCUUCUCUGUUUUUUCCUCUCUGCCUUGCUGGUUUGUUUUGAUCUAAUUGAAGUAGUCUCUGUUUGAAGGCUUUGGUGUGGAUCGAAACUGGAGCUAGAGGAUGUGUGAUGCGGAGCUAUGCAUGUGACAAACAUGGAAGCCAUUGGAGGGAGAAGAUUUAUCGACAGGGUAACCUGUGCUUGGAGAACUUAGCUAAAGACUAAAAGAAAAAUGCAAAGUCUAGUCAGGGAACAUAAAAGGAAGUGGAUGUUUCAGGGUUUUCUGUUGUUCUUGUCGAUUGAUUUACCAAAGGUAGCUGCAAUACAAGUGCGAGAAUGAUGUAGCUGUUAAGCCAUUAUUAUUUCCUCCUUUUAAAAGAUGAAACAUUGAAAAAAAAGAAAUCUGUUUUCUUGAACUCAUCUUCAGGAGUAAAAAAAAAAUGUUGGCCUUGAUGGCUUUUAGCAAAACUGUCUGAAGACAUUAUGCAUGUUAGCUUGAUCUUUAAGCUUGACUCUUCUACCUUCCACAAAAGUCAUUGUGAAAUCCUUAGAGUGGCCAGUUCCAGGUCUGUUAUGUGUCGGAAAGGGCUCUGCAGUGAAACGACUGAUCUAAACUGCACAUAACAGACCAGACUUAACAAAAAAAAGAAAAGGGGAGGGAAAAAAAGGACAAUAAAACAAUGCCACGCUAAGGUCACCGAACUUUGUGUCAGUGCAGCCACUUUUGCAUCACCUCAGCAUCCAGUCCGAGCCUGAUUUCUCUCUCUAAAAACACAAAAAAACCUUGCUUCUUGGAUUAUCCACCUGAUAUCGGCAAGCUCGCAAUUGCAUGCCAGACAGAGGGAUUGUUUUAUCUAGAAGGUGGAGCUGCUGAUUCAGGCCAAGACUCUUUCCUCCCAGAGUCACACAGACUUUGUCAUCACCAACUGCUUGCAGUAGUGGACCUGUUGAUAGACGCUGCCACUGAAACACACUGGAAAUCACCAGGGACUGGCCCAAUGACCUGGACCUAUGCACUGUUCUUUAUGCAUGUUGUUGUCCCAAAAUGCACCCCCCCCCCCAUAGUGACAUCCAACAUCACUGAAAUCAUUCUAUGCCAUGUGCUUAAAACUAAAAACCUUUAGACGAGUACACUGACGUCGUAUGACUUGUCAAAGACUGCAUGAAAUAGAAACUUUUUUUGUACUCUUCUCAGAGUCCUACGAAACAAACAAAAAAAGGAAGUAGAACAACCCACUGUUGAAGUAGUCACAUGAUGGUGAGAUGCUAUGUUUUUACCUUUGUUUUCAUUUAGUUUUCAGUCCAUUUGGGCCAGGGUUACCUUUCGCUGUAUCAAGGACAGUUUUAUGUUCCACGGUGUUGUCAAAAUUUACAUCUGGAUACCAUUUAGUGUUAAAAACAAAGAAAAAAAAAACACAUGAGAAGUUUCCACACUGUGCGCAAUGCCUGCUUGUUGAACACACGCUCAACCAUUCACAAUAAGCUAAGGAAAAAAAAAUUGAUAUUGAUAUAAAUGUACAUAGAUACUACUUUGAAAGGUGACAUAGCGAAAAAAAGUAUUUAUUUUUGUUGCUUUGGUCCCUCAUGAUUACUCAUAUAUACAUAUAUUGUACAGUCUAGAUAAAGAAGAUUACCUAAUAGGGUGAGAAAAAAAAAGAUAUAUACUUAUUUUGGCUAAUGAUUUCAAAGUCUGGCGAUUUUGAAAUGCGUUUGAAUAUAUGGUGUACAUUACUUUGUACAUGUAUAUGUUUGUUUUCACCUUGUCAUGUAUUACUCUUUUUUUCUGCCUGUUUUUUUUUUUCUUCUUCUUCCCAAACGAGGUGGGGCGCAAAGGAGACAGGUCUGAAAUGUGUAGACAGAAAUAUCUGAGUGUGCUUCCUUACAUUUGGAAGGCAAACAUAUCGAAGCUGUUACAUUUAAAUGUGUGAGAAAAAAAGGAGGAGGCCAACCUCGAAUGCAAUAUGAAAACAGCUUUUAUGCAUCCGUGACAGUUACAGUUAUAAUUUUGCCAAAGAUUCAUACGUCUAUGCUAACUUGCUGCAUGCUGCUUCUCAGUUUCCAUUUGUUUUGUGUUUCAUUAAUUUUUCAGUCUAGCUCAACUUGAGUAGCCAGGUUAUUAUGGGAUGUUCGAUAUUAAAUAAUUGCAAGACGGCAAGACAUUGAGAGGUCUUGCAAUGACAAAAGUAUUUUGGGGGUGGGCAGGCGUUUGUUGUCUCCAAAAUGUAUUUGCUUAAGAUUGAAAAGUCCCACUGUGCCCAUCUCAAAGAAGAACAAUGAAGUUCUGUUCAAUUACCAAAACAUUAAAUUUCAAAUAGACGUCAGUGCUGGAGGUAGAUAAAGUCAGACAUGUCUCAUCGUGAUGCUAAAGCUCUGCACUUGCAGCCUUGUCAGACCUCCAAAGGUGUCCCCCCCCUUUUGAGAGUCAUUGAUUUAUUUAUUCUUAUUUAUUCUUUCAUUUCCUUACAAAUUUCCAUGUUUCAUUGUCACAGCUUUGCAGUUUUUACAGCGUUAAUGAUUUUAGGAAUGUACGGUGGCGCUUUAUUGAAAGCAAAGAGGUACAGUGCACUUAAAUCAAUGUCAUUUGAAAAGAAAAACUAAAGAACUAAAUGUUGAAAUACAAUUUAAAAAAAUCUAAACUAUAUUGUACCUGUUGGCUUUGAGUCAAGAGUUACCUUGUUGUUUCAUUGAAAUAAAAAAAAAAAAAGAUUCUGUGACCCCUUGUACAGAUGAGACUUGUAUGUUGUAUGAAUGUUCUACUAUGGAUGUGCAAAAGGGUCUCAGAUUUUGUUUACGCUUAUCAUUUACAUUAUGCUGUCAUGGCUUACCUGUUCCUGAGGAAAAAAAUGAAAUAAAAACAUUAAAGCAAUACAGAUACAUUACGUUAAA